UGUUUUUAUAUUAUGUGACAAUUUGUCAUCAAAUACUACGAAUACUAUAAAACAACGAGAGGUGGAGACCCUAUCCCAAUCAUGGCGUCGUAAUAAACGUUUUUUUUUUCCCGCGUGUGUCUUACUCACUCGCACUCCCACGCCCGCUCCAAUAUAUUCCUCAAUCUGUGUGUAACUCGCAGUGAACGAAAAAUGGCCGGUGGAAACGCCCCAGCAGCCUCUAAGGUGGCCUCGGUCUUCAUCGGACUCGGGUUUCUACUGUUUGUCGUGGGAUUUGGUGCCCCUUAUUGGGAGGAGUUCAUAUUGGGGGGACACGGUGGUUUGUGGCAGCGGUGUGGAGCAUUUUUGGGACUCGAUGGCUGCAAAUAUUACACUGAUCUAGAUGAUGUGGGGAAGGACACUUUUCUCCCCGACUGGUUUGAGUCCGUGAGAGUGUUCGAGGCGAUAGGACUGGUAGCCGCCCUGGUCGGACUUGUUUUCCUUCUGUUGUAUGUGUGUGUAUCAAAGACUGCCGGAAAUAAAAUCGUGGCCCUUCUCACUGCCAUCAUUACGCUAGGAACAGGGGGUGUUAUUCUUUUGGGUGUCAUCAUUUUUGGCUCCAAUAAAGACACGGAUAACUUAGACUGGGCCUUCGCCCUGGCCGCUGUCGGUGGCUGUUUUUACGUCAUUGCAGGAGUACUUCUCUUUGUUAGCAUGUGCUCUAAGUAAACUCAUUGUAUUUGUCAUUUUAUAGAAAUUAUACAUGAUUGCUUAUUUAUAAUUUACUUUUUUAUAUAUAUGUAAUAACGUAUUUUAUACGGUGCUGAUACAUGCACAUUUUAUAGCAAUAAAAUUUUAUUACAUUAAUAUUGUGUAUGUGUACAUGUGUUUAAAAAUAGAACAAGCUACAGUGUAAAUAAAAUCCUAUUAUAGUU